UUUCCCUUUCGCCCAUCGAGAAGAUCGAGCCAGCGUCAUCCACUUGGUUCCCCGAUCGUCCCAUAUUGUCAGUGUCCGCUUUUCUCGCCAGGGCACGCCAGCCAGGGACAUCGGUCUCGGUCAGCGCGCGUUGUCCAGCUCUGCCCACGCGGUCCUCUUCACCCCCUGAAUCGCCCUUUCGUGUGCGCCUGGCGAUUUUUCAUUCUUGCGCUGACUGGCGCAACUCGGCCCCCGUAGCCGCUAGUCCUAUUUAGGCAAGAACUGCUUAUUUUCUGCCUUGGCCAUCUGGCAACAACGCCACUUUGAUACCGUGACACCUUACUGCCUUGGUGCCUGGGUGACUCGGGCGGUCGGAACAACAAAACACGCGGCGCGACUUCAGCUGGACGUGCUUGAAACCGCAGUUGUUGGCUGGCCGCGCGACCAUUGCUCAGAGUUUGCUAUAUAUUGCAUUUUUAAUAGAUCGGUAAUUCUUUCCGUGACUUGGAAUAGCGGUGGUCCCUUGUGCCGCGCGUGAACAGGGGCAAAGCCGAGCCCAUUCCACAGUUCUUAUCAAGGCGCCGCUUGCCGCUAAGGCUUGAGGCACCACUUCCUUGAAAAUGAUGGGAUACGGGGGUCAGCCCUUUCACCAUCAACAGGCGCAGCAGCAGCAUCAGCAACAGGCACAGCAGCAGCAGCAGCCACAACAACCUCAUCAGGCAUCGCAUGUCCAGCACCCGCUUGGACCGCAUCGCCAGCCUAUCCCAUCGCCUUCACUGGGCGCGGCCCCAAAUUUACCGCAACAUGGAAGCAGUCCUUUCCCCAGUAACAAGCCUCUGUAUCGUGCGGGCCCAUCUCAGCAGCAGGCAUUCUCAACAGGGCAAUCGCCCGAUAUGCGCAAAAUGGCUCCCGCAUCUUCAAGUCCGUUGACGGGCUACCCCACGGCGACUAGCUAUGGGCAAUUUCCCGGUCAAUUUGCGCCACAGGCCUCUCCCGACUUCAUGUCUCGUCCAGACUUUAUGACCCGUAACUCCGACUCUAUGGCUCUGCAAAACUUACAGCGUGGAUUUCAAAAUCCCAUGGCCCAUGUUCGUGGGGGGCCGGGAAUGAGUACCUCGACGGGGAUGGCCCAAGGUCACGGUAUGGGUAUUCCAUCACCUCAGCAGUCAUUGAACCGGCUGCCCCACUCAGGCAUUCAGCAAAGAGAGAAUCAUCCCUCCGCCAGUCCUUCCAUGGCCAGUCCUUCCAUGUUUGCCAUGAAUCAGCAGCGCCAGCAACCGCAGUCUCAACCACAGUCGCCUCAACAGGCUCAGCAGCAAUUGCAACAAUUCCAGCAACAGAGACAGCACCAACAGCAGCAAUAUCAGCAGCAGCAGUACCAGCAGCAGCAGUACCAACAGCAACAAGAGCGUCUUCAGCAGCAAAGGAUCGAACAGCAAAGGUUAGAGCAGCAACGGCUCGAGCAACAAAAGCAGCUUCAACAGCAGCGUCUGGAGGAGCAGCAGCGUCUUGAGCAACAGAAACAGCAGGAGCAGCAAAAAUUAGAGCAACAGAAGCGUCUUGAACAGCAACGUUUGGAACAACAGCGCCUUGAGCAACAACGUCUGGAACAGCAACGCCAGGAGCAACAGCGCCUGGAACAACAGCGUCUUGAGCAACAGCGCCUAGAACAGCAACGCCAGGAGCAACAACGCCUCGAGAAGCAACGUCUAGAACAGCAGCGCCUAGAGCAACAGCGCCUAGAGCAGCAGAAGCAAGCGGAACAGCAACGACUCGAACAGCAGAGGCAGCAGCGGCUUGAGCAACAGCGUCUGGAACAAGAGCAAAAACAACAAUUGGAACAGCAACAAAAGCAGCAGCUGGAGCAACAGAGAUUACAAAAGUUGCAGCAGCAAAACAUGGCCCACAAUCCGUAUCAGCAGCAGCAACAAUCUCCUUUCGCACAACACUCCCAGAUUCCAUUCCAUCAAUAUCAGCCGCAUGCUCAAGCUCAAAAUCAAUACUCGCAACAGCAGCAUCAGUUUUCUCAGGCUCCUCAGCAAACUCAUUUCGCCCAAUCCCAACAAACGCAAUUCCAACACUAUAAACCUCCGUCGCAGUCAGGUGUAGAAAAGCCUGCCCGGCCCGCUGCGGCCACCGCUUCAACUGCGCAUGCGCCUGCGUCUGCUGGAAACUUGAUCAUCAAGCCUGAACAUCCGAGUCCCGCUCCGAAGAAAAAGUCGAAACCUAGGCAAUCUGCUGCUGCUCAGGCCGCCACUCAACCCCAUGCUUCCCCUCGGGCCCCGCCUCAGGCACACCCUCAGGUCCACCCCCAGGCCCAGAAUCAGGCCCAGCAUCAGGCCCAGAAUCAGGCAAUACCAAACCCUCCUGCACCGAUGGGCGUACAUACCAGCACACCAAUGCAAGCAAAUGGCCAAGUACAGAGACAACAGGGACAAGCAGCCGCCGCCCCAGCACCAGGCGGUGUACCCCCAGUUGCAGGGGUUCCCGUAAAACGCAAGCGCGGACGUCCACGGAAAGAGGAAGUUGCGGCUCGACAAGCCGCUGCGGCAGCUGCGGCUGCGGCGGCCGGUCUUCCAUUCCCACAACCUGGCCAACCUUUCGAUCCAAACAUGGCCUCUGCAUCAGGCUCUGCUGGAGCGCCUGGUUCAAUUACUCAAAUGACACUUGGCCCGGAUGGAAAACUUCCCAAGCGGAAACGUGGUCGCCCCCGCAAGGCAGACCAGAUCGCCUGGGCGAAAUUAACUGGCCAACCCCUGCCACCGCCAAAACCAAAGAAACCCUCCGCUGCCAAGAAGCCCGGUACUGGCCGACCUCGUGGCAGGCCUCGUAAAGCAGAUGUUGCGGCGGCCGCGGCGGCCGCGGCUGCUGCUGCCGCCGCCGCAGCAGGCGAUGGUGACGGUGGCCAGGCGCAGGGGGAGAACAAGCCUCAAGCGGUUGAUAAGGCGGACGCAAAUGGUGUCCAGAGGCGCUCAGCGCCUGCUGACGAUGACCCACGCAAGCGACCUUGCCCAACACCUCCAUAUCCUCAACAAGGCCAGCCUCCGCCUCCAGCUCAGCAACAGGGACAGCAAUUACCUGCUCAUAGUCAAGCCCAUUCGCAACACAACCAGGCUCUACCGAUGCAACAGCAACACCAUGGACUUACGCAUAUGCCGCAGCCAGGACAGCACAUGGGGCAACAGCCCGGUCAGCACCUGCAACAACAGCAGAGCCAGCAACAUGCACAGAGCCAGCAACAUGCACAGAGCCAGCAAUUGGCCAUGCAAGGUGGUCAUUCAAUGUCCCUGCCGCCACAUAUGCAGAUGCACCAGCAGACUGGAGUUCAUCCUUCUCGACAGACGACAGCUCAUUCGUACAUGCAAAAUCAAAUGCCGUCGAUGCAGUCUCCUAUGCAACAGUCGCCAAUGCAGCUUCCGCAGCCAGUUCACGGACACCAAUCACACCUAGGCCAGCAGCAGCAGCAGCCGGUACAGGGCCAUCAUUUUGCCCAAAGUCGAGCCCCCGCGCAACAGCAGAGCCGAGCCCCGCCGGCGCCAGCACCACAGCAUCAACACCAACAUACCUUCCAGGUUCAGCUCCAGCCUCAGACAACCUAGAGCAGAUGCUGUCAGUGAUCUGAGAUGUGCUCGGUCCUUAAUGUCGUCAUGAUGGCUCAUGCUGUCUGACCCUCUCACGUUUUCGAUUACAUUCUAUACAAUUGGUUCUACUGCUUUUGUUCGACACCCCUCUACCCCUCUGUCAUGGUAUGGCACUGAGGCACGCAUUAUCAUGUUACCUGCAUUGAUUCCCGGAUUUUCAGUUGCAACGACUUCUUGUUUUCUAUUUUACCUGAUAUCUGAUUCCUGAUAUCACGGGCAUGGUCAAAUCCCCCUUCAUGAAUAUAGUAUUAUUCGGCUGACUUAGUAUAGUUAGAGCGAGGUCUCUUACUACUAGUUGAUUUGGAUGUCGAAUUCGCUGGUUACUUCAUCCUGUAUCCUGCGGCGUUUUUUGCGUUUUCGCGAGCUCUUGUCCUCUUUUCGAUUCAUGCUGUUUUUCGUUUCAUCUUAUGCGAUGCCCUGUUCUGUAUCAAUUCCUGGCAUGAUAGGCAUUUUGAUCUAUAAUGUGGGUUGUUUUUUGUUUAGUGGGUCCCCGGGCUCGUGAGGGACUUUUCGUUCUGAGUUUUGGUUUUCUAUUGGAUGGAUAUUUGAGAUACAUAUUUAAUGUUGUAGUACAUAUUCAUAAUUCGUGG